AUGGCACCAUAUACGUUUCCACUGGUGCGUUUUUGGGCUUUAAAAUACGGGCCAAACAAAACCGAGCAUGGCAUGGUUAAUUCAGGGGCAAGUUUCAGUCUUGCUUCGGUUAGAAAUUCCACUUGCUGCCCCAGGACGUUUGCGUUGGGUUAGUUUUUCUGGUUUUUGCACAACUGAAAGCUCAUUUCACCGAACUUGCUAGUUUGCUUUCAUGUGGCACCCAGUAGCGAAUUCUAAAUCGGCCAAAGGUUGCGUCACAUCCCCUGUGUUGGGACUCAUAGAGAACAAUUAUUCAUGUCAACACUGGUGGUAGGGCUAGAGUAAAUCCGUUUUUUUUUCGAGAUUAGGGUACGUGUAUGCCCCUUUCCUCUUUUGUUGAAAUUGAGAGUUACAUAAAAAACCACGCUCGAUUCACUCUAUUCCAGCUUACACCCAACGCUCCCUGGCUACCUAUAGUUCCUUUCAACUUGUUGGCAUAGGCAAAUUCUCUUUUUCAUUGGCAAUUCCUAGGGUUUCACAUUUACUUCGCUGGGAUUCAAUCAAAUUCUCUACACAGCUAGAUGUGCCACUGGCUUAAGCAUAGAAGCUAUUAUCGAAUGAUGUUUCGAUAAGCCUUCAAUCCGGGGCUAUAAAAUUUGUCAAGAUGGCGUUUCUAACUAGCUCACCCAUGUCCCAAAUUCUUUGAAGAACUAUGGCCAAUUGUUGAGCAGUUUUUGUCUUUCCUGCUUAAAAAUUUCAGACUGAAAGGUAAAAUGUAAGAAACCCACAUGAACUUGAUUUCUUCCUGUGGUGUGCACUAUCGACAAAUCAAUUUUAAGCUGGAAUUGGCCUAGCUUCUUUGUCACUGUGCAACUCUUAGCUAAGGAAAUAGUGUUGUCGUAUCAAAUGUAACGUUCGGGGGCAGACUAGGAGUAAAACGGAGUAUGUGUUCACGUACCGUAUUUAGUUUGGUUAAUUCACGAUGAAAGUUAGUAGAAAAACUGACUUCAGUUAACAGAUAUAUUUUACUGGGCAUGCUGGGUUGGUAGCCUGCGAGAGUAUCAGAAUUUUUUCGGCUCUAGUUUCUAGUUUCACCCGCCGAAAAAAACGGUGGGUGAAACUAAAGACGAAAGCCGAAAAAACCGAAUGCUACUGUAGUUGGAUGCAGGCGCAAAAUCGAUCUUUAGUAACUUCAAAUCCUUCUCUGAAUGAGAAUUACCUAAAGCAGCAUCCAUUGCUCCAAGUUGCUCACGAUGUUUUUCUUUCUAUACGUUUAGGUGUUUUGCCCUUCAAAGCAGAGGAAAUUAAUUUCAGAAAGAAGAUGCGUGACAAUGAAUUUGGUACUCCUGGGCAGCUUGGGAAGGGCCCUUUGCAGAGCUGCAGAAAUUCAGCACGUUCGGAACACAGGUACAAGAAUAUGUUGCAUCUUUGGGAGUUUCUCUUGGAACUUCUGGCUGAUGAGAGCUGCAGAUCUAUAAUGUGCUGGAGAAGGAGGGAAGAAGGAGAGUUUGAGCUUUUGAACCAACAGGAGGUGGCCAAAAGAUGGGGAAUAUUGAAACAGAGGGGUAGAAUGGACUACGGGAAGCUAAGUCGGGCCUUGAGAUUGUACUAUCGAGAUGGAAUAAUUACCAAGGUAUUAGCUUUAAACCAAAGCAUUUUGUUUAAGUAUCAAUGUAUUUUGCAAAGGACUAUUUGAGGACACUGUUUCUACGUCUCCCUCUGGAGAUGAAAACGCCAUUUUACCUGCACUGUAAUUUUCAGGGAGUUAUAAUAACUCCUCCAGUGGGGCUAAUUUAACUCCUUACAGUGGAGUUAUUUUUCGUGGAGUUAUUUUAACUCCAAAAAGGAGUUUAAAGAACUCUUUUUCAGGAGUAAAAGUGACCCCAGAUAUUGAGGAGUUAAAAUAACCCCAAAAAAGGAGUUAUCCUGUACCUAAAAUUUUUACUCCACUUUCAGAGUUAAAUUAACUCCAAAAAGAGUAAAAACAACCCAUGUAAGGAGUACAAGUAACCCCAUUUCGGAGUGAUUUUAACUCCAGACUGGGAGUAAAAAGAACUCUUUUUCAGGAGUAAAAAUGACCCCAAAUUCGGAGUUAAAUUAGGAGUUAAAAUAACCCCAAAAAAGGGGUUAUCCUGUACCUAAAAUUUUUACUCCAUUUUUGGAGUAAAAAUAACUCCCUAAAAAUUACGGUGUGGUCAUUCGAGCCAAGCGACGGUCUAGCCGUUCGCUGGGCAAAGGCAGUAACUUCAUUUUUCAGAUAUUCUUAAUUAAGACACUGACGACUGGUCCAGGCUCGGUAAUGAAUUACACCCACGACCUUUCGCUCUGCAGUCAAGCGCGCUACCAACUGAGCUUAUCCUGCUGCCGUAGCUUAAUAUUUUUUUUUUUUACAACCUGAUUUCAAGUUGACGGACAACAGCUGUGCCUGGACCGGAAUCUUUUGAGAUCUUGAAUCAUUUGCCAAUUCACACACUUUAUCCAUGGAAGAAGGGCUCAUGGCUCCGUUCAGUUAGACCCUUUUAUGACAUUUCAACGACUUGAAUUUUAACAGCCAGAUAAGAGAUUUAGCCAGACUUUUGAGCAUGUCGAUGAUUUUCAUUAAAAGAAAUGAAAGCUACCGAGAAACUGUGAGGUUACAUAUAUUUCACAUAAAUAUCGAAUUUUGUGUCUCUACUUUAACAAAUCACAAGUGUUAUUAAAAGGGACUUGACAGUUUUUCCUCAUUUUCUAUUCUUUUGGGCGCAGGUGCAAGGCCAAAGGCUGGUCUACAAGUUUAACAACCUUCCUUACACUUAUAAACCAGGAAUCACAAGGUCGUUUUAUCGCGAUCGGUUUCCAACACCAAAAUCAAGUCUUGGUGAACAUGAACCACGGGAGUACAAGCCUUUGGUGCCUCAGAUGCGCAUAAGUUGUACAACUGCUACACAACCAUUUUCUUGUUUUACUCCUUCUCAAGGAAGACUUUCGUCUUGGCCUGUACAUCCUAUCAAUUCACCACGAGUUUGUCGCUGCGGGCACAGGCUGGGAACUUCUUUCUCGUCAGCAAACUGCUCUUCAAGAAGUCGAGUUUUCUUUCCAUUUUUAUCAUUCUCAGUGUCACAUGGUUUUAACCUUCAUGAGCCUGCCCUUUCUCAUGAUACAAAUCCGCAGUUAGUAAGCAAGAAGAUUCCCGUUUCUAUGAUUGUGAGACCUGCCUGUUAGAUUAAGGAAUACAAAGAUUCAGCACCGGACAGCCUUCUUCGGCAGCUCCGGACCCUCGACUCUGCCGGGUUAGUCUGGUCUGCGAACAGUACCUCAUUUUUUCUCGGAAUCGUAGAGUGAGUCCUUCUACGAGGCUGCCUUAUUAUGUUCUUAGCCUUCACCUUAUAAUUCACUAUUCAACACAUUCUACGUUGGUGUGAGAUUUGUUCUUGGCGCUUUCAUGACAAUUUUGACAUGAACAUUCUUUAUAAACAAGUUCUUAGUUCCAAUAACCAAACGAAUUUAAAAAGACCUAAAACAUACAUACUCUUGCAAUUCAUGUUCACUUUAAUUUUGCACCGGCCGACAGGUAAGUUAAACUCGCCACAUUAUGAUAUAUUGGAGACAGCUUUGAAACGACAAGACGAAUUUUUUCUUUCUGCCCUCGCUCAAGAUCGUUGUAAAACCUGUUACAGAUAAAUCAUACUACUGCUAUAUCACUGAGAUAAGUUGAAAUAUUGACUGUCCCGGGCACCAAGUAAGUGAUCUCGAUAACGAACGAGCGACAUUUUCAGUGAAUUCAUGAUUUAUAAAUUUAGUAUCUUUUUCUGGUGAAGCAUGAAGUGUGUUAAACACAUUAUUCAAAACACGUUUUCUUUAAAAAAAAAACGAAAACUGUAUUUCUCAGUUUUGAAACUGGAAAUUUAGGGUAUGAUGGAGAAGUGACGAGAGCAUUUACGCCGCCGCGAAUAAUCGAGACUCGUUGUCGACUUCAUAGUACGUAGGUUCUAAUGAGUGUUGGUGUUGGUUCUCUAUUCUGAUCUGAGAGGCAGUUUUUCUCCGGGAGCUCCGAUUUCCUCCUCUCACAAAAGCCAACCUUCUUAAAAUUCCGUCCCCAGUUAGUUGGGCCGGACAUCUAGAAGGACAAGGGUUUGCGUCACCCUCUAACGUUAGUUUGGUUUAGUUUGGCUUGGUCUUGACAUGGAAGUCUUCGCUGUUAGUAUAUCCAAAUCCAAGGGAAAGAUUAAAAGCCUUCAUCGUUUUACUAUUUCAAUGUAGCCACUUAAUUUUUCGGCUGUAUGUGCAACAAUAUUUACUAAAUGCAAAAUGUCUGUAGCUUUUGCCGCCGAAACUAUGGAUGAAAGCUUGUAAAUCUCUUUUAAGUCAUUCACCUCUGGACAACUUUAUCCAAAUGCAGAAAAAUUAUUUAUUUUACGAUUGAAUCAGCGAGCUGACAGCGAUGAAGCAAAUUGUGUUGGUUCUGAUCACGACUGGCUACUCGAGCGGUAUUUCCCGCCUUGGUCGCGCAAGAAAAAGUUUUUUCUUUGGCCAUACAACAAAAUGGUUUAUAUUGACCGGAGCUUGUUCGGUCAAGGUGGCUGAAUAUUGGCCUGGUUCUUUUUUGCGCUUUUAAUGACCUCAUCUCGAAGAAUCUUUCACCAAUUUAAGCCCUCUUUUGUAAUCUUUGUUAUCAGAGACUGAUGGAAAUUCUGAAGAGUGUUUUGUAUUGACGUUAUUCCCCUGGAAUGAGUACACAAAAACACUGUUACAAACACUGUGAUCUAUCGAGAUUUUGGACCACUGGACCACUGGUCGACACUAUAUAAUCUGAAAAUCAAUAAAAGUACCACUGCUGCUUCUACUUCUACUACUACUCAUAAAAACAACAACAAAUUUAAUAACAAAAAUAAUAAUCAUAAUAAUCAUAACAAGAAACAACUUAAAUGAAAAUUGAGGUUAUAGUGUAAACGCCUAACAGCAAGGCUGUAAAAACAGCGCCCCUCCGCACGUGCAAAAACUAAAUUUAGUUUCAAUUAACAAGUUGCAACUAUUCAAAACACAAUCUUCAAAAAUGAUAAGUCAGUCAUAACACUUACUUAACUACUUAAAGUAACUAAUCUCUGAAAAUUUAGGCUGAUAAAAAUAAGACAACUUGUAUUUACAAACAAGACCUCAAAGGAGUCAAUCUGUAUCAAUAUCAUGCGCUAAUCACCGAGUCAGAUGUCACAGUACCGAUGUUUUGAUAGAGUAACCUCUUAUACAAGCAAUGUCUAGAGUUAAUCCCAUUUGUUCGUAUUC